GGAGAACGGAGAACGGAGAACGGAGAUAGAACCUUUAGUUCCUUGAGACGUAAGAUGACAACCCUGCAAUCCGGCUCAACACAGAUGACAUCACAAUGACAUGGAGAGUGUUCGUGGCUUGCAGGCCGACACACUCCUGACAAGAGGGUUUGGCUUCAUGAAUCAAAUGUUUUUUUUUUUUGUUAAUUCCAUAGAGGCAUCAAUCCCUUCAGCUGCCAACUCUUGAGGACAUAGUUGAGCAAUAGCAUCCUAUGUCUAGAUUAUAUGAAGUAUCUCAAAGAAGGGCUAAUACGUCAUGCCUGUAUCAUUAAAAGUGGUCUCUUCCCACCUGUUUUCACCACCAACCAACUCAUCCACCUUUACUCCCAACAUGGGCUCUUAGUAGAAGCCCGCCAGUUGUUUGACACUUUGCCUGAAAGAAACGUCUACACCUGGAAUGCCAUCAUCUAUGCCUACAUCAAGAACCAGGACUUAUCAGAAGCCCGAGCCCUUUUCGAUUCUGCUCCUCACAAAGACUCUGUCACCUACAAUUCUAUGAUCUCUGGCUAUGCAAGCUCUAAUGGCUUGGAAACUGCCCAUGCUUGCAAACUCUUUUAUGAAAUGCAAAAAAAGGGUAUCUGGAUUGAUGAUUUUACCCUCACAACCAUGCUCAAUGUGACGACAGACCUAUUGGUCCCAUCAGAUGGGGAGCAGUUACAUGCUUAUAUGAUCAAAACUGCCAAUGACUUAAACCAGUUUGCUGUGAGCUCUCUGAUUGAUAUGUACUCCAGACGUGGAUGUUUUGAAGAAGCUUGUCGUGUUUUCCAUGUAUGUUCAGUAUCAAAUUUGGUUUCAAAGAAUGCCAUGGUGGCAGCUUGUUGUAGGGAAGGCAGAAUGGAGAUGGCUCUUGAUCUGUUUUGGAGAGUUCCUGAAAUAAAUGACAUUGUGUCUUGGAACACGCUCAUUGCAGGCUAUGUGCAGAACAAUAACGAAGAAGAGGCGUUGAAGUUGCUCGUUCAUAUGGGAGAGAAUGGAAUCAGAGGGAGUGAUCACACUUUCACUAGUGUCUUGAGUGCUUGCUCGAGCCUUAAGAGCCUGAAACAUGGAAAGGAAAUCCAUGCUUGGAUUUUGAAGAAUGAUUUGAGUUCAAAUCCGUUUAUUAGCAGUGGCAUUGUGAACAUGUACUCCAAGUGUGAUAACAUACAUUAUGCAGAGUUAGCUCAUGCUGCAUUCGGGGAAGAAAAUGCCUUCUCGACCACUUCACUGAUUGUGGGGCAUUCCUCUCAAGGAAACAUGUUAGAGGCACGUAGGCUUUUUGACUCAUUGGCUGAGAAGAAUCCUGUUGUCUGGACAGCUUUAUUCUCUGGUUAUCUUAAGAUCCGACAGUAUGAACCAGUAUUUGUACUUUUAAAGGAGUUCCUUGACAAGGAAAAACAUGUUCCUGAUGCUCUUAUUAUUGUCAGUGUAAUAUGUGUGUGUGCAAUACAAGCUGCGCUGGAUCCUGGGAAGCAAAUUCAUGCUUAUAUAUUGAGAAUGCAGAUUGAAAUUGAAGAGAGGAUGAGUAGUGCUUUGAUUGAUAUGUAUGCAAAAUGUGGACAGAUACAAUAUGCAAAACAAAUUUUCCAAAGAGUUCCUGGCAGAGAUCGGGUUGUUUACAAUGCAAUGAUAGCUGGUUAUGCACAUCAUGGUUUUGAAAAUGAGGCUAUCCAGCUGUUUGAGGAGAUGUUGGAGAAGGAUAUCAGACCUGACAGAAUUACCUUCAUUGCCCUUCUUUCUGCUUGUCGACAUGCUGGACUAGUAGAAGCAGGGGAGAAGUACUUUGGUUCCAUGACAAAAUGUUAUUCAUUAUCACCUGAAAUUGGUCAUUAUUCAUGCAUGAUAGAUUUAUAUGGGCGGGCAAACAAGUUGGACAAGGCCAUGGCAUUCAUGAGAGAGAUACCAAUCGAACUGGAUGCUGUGAUCUGGGGGGCAUUUCUCAAUGCUUGCAGGAUAAAUAGGAAUAUACCAUUGGCAAAGGAGGUGGAGGAGGAACUUCUGAGAAUUGAAGAGGGUAAUGGGGCACGUUAUGUGCAAUUGGCUAAUGCUUAUGCUGCAGAGGGAAAUUGGAAUGAGAUGGGGAGGAUAAGGAGGAAGAUGAGAGGGAGAGAGGUCAAGAAGCUGGCUGGUUGCAGCUGGAUCUAUGUGGGAAACAAAGUGAACAUAUUCACCUCUGGUGAUAGAUCUCAUCGAGAAGCUGAAGCCAUUUACACUGCAUUAGUAAAUCUGAAUGCAAGAUUAAAUGAGGGAUACAAAUAGGUUUAAAUAGAAAUUUGGAGAUUUAGCCAUAAAGUGCUUUGUUGCAGACCUCCCAUAUGCUUGGCAGUAAGAAUUGUCUCCUUGCAUACAUGGGCAGGGGAAACAAACCUUCUGUUGGCUCUCCUCUUGUAGUGCUCUGAUGCGACAGAUCAAUUAAUAUAAACGGGCAAAGGAAGUGGUCCAAACGUCGAGUUCUUCUUUUUUCUUUUUGGUAAUUUUUGUUAUCUUUAUGACGAAUAGGUCAUUGGUCAUUAGAUGUUUUGCUGCCACAGACUUUAGAAUGUCCAGCCUUUAUCCUACUGUUGGUAUGAGAAUACUUAUGAAAGGGAAAGUACUUUGUGAAAUUAUCAUCCUACU